UGAUCAUCGUCAUCAGCGGGAACCACGAGCGGGAUCGGUGGUUGUUAUUGGUUGUUUUGAAGUUUGCUGUUUGGAUUUAAAGUCGAUAAAGCAUAAAGCUCAGAUUUGCUCAGAUCGGAUGGCUCAGAGGACGCAGAAAGAAAUGGUCAGGGUCAAGGAUGACAGUGGGGAGUUGGAUGAUGGAAGCUCGAAGGUGAACGCCGAUAAUGGCGAAAACCACUGCGCCAGUGAACAUAGCACUGCCGAAAAGUCGAAGUACCAAGAAAAUGUAGAAGUGAAUAGAUUUUAUGAAGCCUUGUUGCACACCGUAAGCCGUAGUGUUAAGUCUUUUAGGGAGUCCGUCACCUGCUUGUGCGCGGAGAGCACAUCCGGGCGUAGAGAGAGACUUAGGUCCGCUUCUGACAAGAUUGCUGCUCAAUUGCUCGCCACCGUAAAAGAGGACAUGGAAGCCCUGGUUGACGAACAACGCCUCGCAGAGAAAAUCUAUCUCCUGUCUUUGUUGGAGAAAGAACAAACGAACUGGACGGGACAGAUUGCGUGGCGACCGUCACGCGAUCCAAACAGGGACAUAGAAGAUCAUAUUUAUCCUCUCAUGGAACACCAUAAACAACAGCUCCAAGCUCACCUAGAGGAAUGUAAGAAGGAGAACAGUAGGUUAGAGACAGAAGUUUCCGUUGGAAGGCUGCGGCUGAAGACCAUUGUGGACAACACUGAUCAGCAGACACGAAAAUUUGAAAAGGAAUGUAAAGGGAUUGUAGCCAGAACAGCGCAGACCAGUCCACCACAACGUACCUUGUGACAACGGGUGACGCAGCGUUACAUGUAUUGUAUGCCAAGUAGAGUACGUAUGCUGUAUGGAUAGAGGUGCAUGUUAAUUAUGUAAAAUCGAGCCAGAUAUCAGUUCUGAAGUUUUUAGCCAAAAACCCUUUGUACUUUAUUUUCACAAUAAAAAAUGACUAUCCAAACAACU